AUGGAGUGUCUGGGAAAGAAAAGGAAAGGAGCGGAUGUUUCACCGGUCUGUGAGAACGAUGCCGACGAACAAACCCAAUUAGCAGUACUCUGGUCACAUUUUUCGCUGGGAGAUGUUUCGAGAAAAAAGAAGAAAUGCAAGGAAAUAGUAGUGUCCAAAGCAGCUGAUUCAAGCAGAAGUGUUGUUAACGGUGUUGCAACUGCCCCGGCUUGUGGAACCGCUCGGCUGGAACUCCCCAGCAGAGGUCUGAAAAGGAAAAUUGGCUGUAUCGACACUGCCACCCGCCUGGGUAGGAAGAAGAAGGUCGAUCAGGAAUAUGAAUUGACCAAAUCAUUGGGGCAAGGGAAAUUUGCGUCGGUCGUGCUGUGCAGGAGCAAGGUAACUGGCGAGGAGUUCGCAUGCAAGAUUUUGCGUAAAGGGGAGGAAAUAGUGCACCGUGAGGUGGAGAUAAUGCAGCACCUGUCUGGUCACCCGGGUGUGGUGACUUUGAAGGCUGUGUAUGAGGAUGUUGAGUCUUUUCAUCUGGUGAUGGAGCUCUGCUCGGGCAGUCGGUUGCUUGAUCAGAUGGCUAGAGAAGGACAGUACUCUGAGCGCAAGGCUGCCUGUAUAAUUAAGGAGGUCAUGCUUGCUGUGAGGUACUGCCAUGAGAUGGGUGUAGUCCACCGGGACAUAAAGCCUGAAAAUAUACUUCUCACUGCCUCUGGACAAAUGAAGCUUGCGGAUUUUGGAUUGGCUGUGAGGAUUUUAGAUGGACAAAGCCUUUCUGGUAUUGUUGGAAGUCCUGCUUAUGUUGCUCCUGAGGUUUUGGUUGGCAAUUACUCAGAGAAAGUGGAUAUCUGGAGUGCCGGUGUACUUCUACAUGCUCUUUUGGUCGGUGUCCUUCCAUUUCAAGGCGAUUCUUUGGAAACUGUGUUUGAAGCUAUAAAGAAAGAGAAGCUAGAUUUUGCUGGUGGCGUUUGGGAAUCUGUAUCACAGCCAGCUCGUGACCUGCUUUCUAAAAUGCUGACAAGAAAUACAUCCGCAAGGUUUACUGCAAAUGAAGUUUUACGUCAUCCAUGGAUUUCAUUCUACACUGACCAUACACUAAAGACCCUGAUUCCUGAACCAAACAGGAGCCGCUUAAGAUUGUCUUCAAGACAGCUGACUUCAAAUCACGGUCCAGAGUCUGAGAGAAAGAGAUCAAUAACCCAUAACAGUCUCAGUGAUGGCUCUUGCUCAAAUAUAGUUUCGGGCUGUUCAGUUGAAGUAGUGGAGGACGAUGAUGGUGGUUUGGUUGAUGUAUUAGCUGUGGCUAUCUCGCGUGUCAGAAUAUCUGAGCCAAAGAGGAGCAGGAUUUGCAGCCCAUCAAGGCCCAUUGAACAAGAAUGUUCCUCUAACUUGAAGAGUAGCAACCUCUGUACAGCAUUUUGA